UUUUGUCGGGGCUUAACUUAGGGCCACUUCCUUCAACUGCGAUCACGUUCGCAUCACAUUCACAUUACCUCCACUUUUUCCUUCUUUCUCUGUCUGUCAUCUGCUCGAUGUGUUUACUAUUUACUGAACUAGAACUCUAUGCCAUUUUCUGCUUCAUUUGAUCUCUUCAACCUUUUCUCUCCACAAUCACAAAUCUUGUUUCAUUCUUCUCAUGUUCAAGUGCCAGGGAGUGUUUCUUUUGCUUGAAAUUACUUCUCUGCUUCUCAAUUAUCACCUCUCCUACCACCAAGUACUGGCCUGUGCUCUCUUCAAUUCUAAUUUUCUCAGCCUUAAACGCAUUGAAUGCUUAAUAAAGAGCUCUGGGUUGUUUUCAUCUUUAUGUUCUUCGCCCCCCAGGUUCUGCCUAACUUCCAUGUCUGUCUUUCUGUGAAAAAUGUUUUAAAUGCUGUUAUUUCAUUUUCUUCCUCGUGAAGACAAACAAAACAAAACGAAACUGCCCCAUAUAAUGCAAAACUGGUUUCUGCCAUUACUUUCUUUCUCACUUUGAUACCCCACCAUUUUUAAAGAACGAAUGCCCUUUUUUACCAUCUUGGAACACAAUAAUAUCCUUGAAUAACAGGAGCAGCAACACCGCAUCUUCACAAGACAACCAAGACACAAUGACCCACUCGGAUUUUUUCAAGAAAUUCAAACGCUUGAAUCCUCUUGAGCCCUCUAUUGGCAUUCUUGGUUUCUUUCUAGUUACUCUCCUUCUCAUUGGCUGCUUCUUCUACUUAGAUUACCGGUCUGUCACUCGUGGUCUGAGGUACCAUGGGGCCUCUUGGCGGGGACUGCUUACUCCAUCUUCCUCAUCACAACUGAAUGCUGAUACUGGACGGCCGGGAUUUCUUGAUAAGCGCGGUGAUGGGUGUGACAUAUUUUAUGGGAACUGGAUUUGGGACGAUAGCUAUCCAUUGUAUCAGAGUAAACAUUGCCCCUUUAUAGAUAGUGGGUUUAGGUGUUUGGAGAAUGGAAGGCCUGAUAGUUUCUACACCAAGUGGCGUUGGCAACCCAGUCAUUGUGACUUGCCGAGAUUUGAUGCCAAGGUGAUGUUGGAAAAGCUGAGGAACCGGCGGCUUGUAUUUGUUGGAGAUUCUGUUGGAAGAAACCAAUGGGAGUCCCUCCUCUGUAUGCUUGCUACUGCUGUUCGUGACAAUUCUUCAAUCUACGAGGUGAAUGGGAGGCCAAUCACAAAGCAUAGAGGGUUUCUAGCAUUCAUGUUCAAGGACUUUAAUUGCACCAUCGAAUAUUACAGAGCUCCAUUUCUAAUGUACCAGGGCCGGCCUCCAGUUGGUGCUCCAGAAAAGGUGAAGAUGACUAUAAGAGUUGAUACAUUGGAUUGGACUUCCCCGCAGUGGAGAAAUGCGGAUGUGUUGAUUUUCAACUCUGGUCAUUGGUGGAAUUAUGAGAAGACUAUAAGAAGUGCUUGCUACUUUCAAGAGGGAGAUGAGGUAAAGAUGGAUAUGAGUGUUGAAAUUGCAUAUCGAAGAUCACUUGAAACUUUGAUUGCUUGGAUGCAUAGCAAAAUAAAUAUGAGCAAGACUCGAGUCUUCUUUCGAACCUAUGCUCCUGUUCAUUUCAGAGGUGGUGAUUGGAAGACUGGGGGUAGCUGUCACAUGGAAAAGCUCCCUGACUUGGGUUCAUUGCUGAGUUCAUCAGACUAUCGUGUCAAAAUAUUUUUCGAUGUGUUAUUGGAGCACUCUAACGAAUCACAUGUGAUGAACUUGGAUUUAUUGAAUGUGACACACAUGACAGCACAGAGAAAGGAUGGCCAUGCAUCUCUGUACUAUCUAGAGCCAGGAAUUGGUCCAGCUUCUCUAAACCGUCAAGACUGCAGUCAUUGGUGCUUGCCUGGUGUCCCUGAUUCCUGGAAUGAACUUCUUUAUGCAUUUCUUCUUAAGCGGGAUUCUGUUCAUGCACAAAGUUCAACAGAAUCUUCUCAAGCUCCAUUGUGAUCGGCACAGAUAAUAUUUUGAUUUUUCCAACAUGAUUAAAGGACUGCAAUUUGUAGACAAAAGGGAGCAGGUUUCUUGCACCAACCAGCAAAAAAUCAUCACUUUCUAAAGUUGGUUUCUAUUUGAUCAAUCAUAUUUUGCCAUAACACCUCUGGCAAACAAUCAAAGUAUACUAUUUUGGUGAUGGUGUUUGAACAGCAGAUCAUGCUCAGCCUAAUUGGCAGUAAGAGCAGUGAGGGAAUCUUGGUAGCAGAUUUUUAGCAUAGGCAGGUUGAUGAAGCAAAGUUGAUAGUCAAGCAGAGGUAUACACAAGCAUGUUUAUUCUUGUUGCAUGGUUUAUUUCAAUGGAAUGGAGAAACAGAAAUAUGGUUUUAUGAUACUUUGCCCAUUCGUGGUAGUGCAAAUAGUGAAGUUUUUAGAAGUAAAUAUGCUUCUUUUCUUCUCUCUUUUUAGUUUUUUAUUUUGCAUCCUCAAUAAUAGAGAAAGAGAUGAGAAAUUUAACGUUGUUUUGACAGUAAAGCAGGCCUUUAGGCUCAUAUUUGAGAAAAUUUGAACCGUAAAGCUCAUCUCAAACUGAUGAUAAGAUCAAAUUGUCGGAAGCACAUGAAGCAGGGAGUGCACUAGGCGAUGUUUACGAGGAUGGCAAGCACAUAAGUUAGGCCUAAUGUUCCAUGAACUUUUAGAGUUUUGUGUUAAACUAAAAAAAUCAAGAAAUUUACCAAAAUAAAGGAAAAUAAGUUUGUUGAUUUUGUGCUGAAUCAAGAAAUGUAACUUAGAAAUUUUGAGUUUUGGCUAAAUUUAAGGUUGAAUUGAAAUUUCUAAACUAA